AUGGCGCCACAAACGAAGAUCGAUCGCUCGUUCAGCGCCUUGACGCCUGCGCUGUCAGAAUGGAUCAUCGACGCCGUGGAUGCUAUGGGUUUUGUGAAGACCACGCCUGUGCAGCAUGCAGCUAUCCCCAUGUUCAUGAAAAACUCCGAUGUUGUUGUAGAAGCCGUGACUGGGAGUGGGAAAACACUUGCGUUUUUGAUACCCAUUGUAGAGCGACUGCUGCGCGAGGAUGCGCCCACGAAGAAGCAUCACGUGGGCGCCAUCAUCAUCUCACCAACCCGGGAACUAGCAACACAGAUACACACAGUUUUAUCGUCGCUCCUAAAGUUUCAUGCCCCAUCGGCAGCGAUGCUUGAGCCUGACGAUGAGGACACGGACAUGGAAGACGCGGAUACUCCACCAAAACCAACAUUCCCACCUGGAACACUCAAAGCCGUUCCUCAACUACUUCUUGGCGGAUCUGUCACUCCUGCUCAAGAUCUCAGUGCGUUCCUGAAGAAGUCGCCAAAUAUCUUGAUUGGUACCCCUGGGAGGCUCCUGGAAUUGCUUCGUUCGCCUCAUGUACACUGCCCACAGUCAUCAUUUGAUGCGUUAGUCAUGGAUGAAGCAGAUCGACUACUGGAUUUAGGUUUCAAGGAAGACCUUCAAAAGAUCAUUUCUCGUCUUCCUAAACAGAGAAGAACGGGACUGUUUAGUGCCAGUAUGAGUGAGGCUGUCGAUCAACUCAUCCGUGUUGGUCUUCGUAAUCCUGUCCGUAUUGCUGUCAAGGUCAAAGCACGAGCUACUGGCGAAGAUGGCAAGAUCGAGGACAAGCGGACACCAGCCAGUUUGCAGAUGUCGUACCUCGUUACACCUCCAUCACACAAAAUACCAGCCAUGAAGAAGAUCCUGUCAUCGCUGCAACCGCAACCUCAAAAGUCGAUCCUGUAUCUUUCAACUUGCUUUUCUGUCGAUUACUUCCAGCAUGUUUUACCAGAGGUUCUGCAAGGCUAUGACAUCGUACCGUUGCACGGAAAGCACCCCGACAAAGUGCGGCGCAAGAAUUUCAACAAAUUUGUUGAUAGCGUCACCCCUUCAAUACUGUUGACCACCGAUGUGGCCGCCCGUGGACUCGACAUCCCCUCCGUAGAUCUUGUUUUCCAGCUCGACCCCCCAAGUGAUCCCAAGACGUUCAUCCAUCGAUGUGGUCGCGCUGGAAGAGCUGGUCGCAGAGGCUUAGCUGUUACAUUCCUCAACCCCGGACGAGAAGAAGAUUACAUUGAGUUUCUGCAAGUUCGCCAGACUCCAAUAUCGCCUCUAACUACACCCGAAAUCACAGUAACGGACGAAGAUGCGAAGGCCGUGACGUCGAAGAUCAGAAAGAAAGUUCGAGAAGAUCGAGCUCUUUUUGACAAAGCUCAACGUGGCUUUGUGUCCUGGGUCCGUGCAUACAGCAAGCACACUGCCAGCUCGAUAUUUCGCAUAGAUGAUCUUGACUGGACCGAGCUAGGCAACGCAUGGGGUUUGCUCACACUGCCCGGUAUGCCAGAGUUGAAGAAGUGGCAAGGCGACAAAAGACUUGGAAUUGAGCUGGACCUUGCAACAUACGCAUACAAAGACAAGGCGCGCGAAAAGCUGCGAUUAGAAGAGCUCGAACGAGACAAGGAGGAAGGUACGAAGAAGAAGCAGCACAAGAAGGAGGAUAGGGAAAAGUCUGCGUGGACGGAACAAAAGGAGAGCAAAGCGACGAAGGAGGUACGCAGGGAAAAGAAGAAGUCAAAGCGGGAGCAUGAGCGCCUGGCGAAGAUGACAGACGAAGAGAGGAAGGAAGAGGACAGGGUACAAGCCAUGAUUGAGCAGAUGCGCAAGAAGGUUGCAAAACAGGAAGCUGAAGAUGCUGACUUUGAGGGAUUCAGCGACUAA